AUGGACUUCAUCACCAAGAAGACUACCCAUCAAAUCAUGCCACUCUUCAGUACCUUUUGGACGUCAGCACCGGCUAAGUCGGAGGAGGAAAAGGUGGAGGCAUCGGAGGCAAAGGACAAAGGCCCUAUGAUAAUCGUCAACGCACCAUCUACUGAGAAUUAUCACGCGGUGGAGGAUACCGUUGGAGGAACCGACCGACCUUUAUCGACUGCGAGUCUGGACGCCACCGCAAUCCCAUUACCCAUGUCCCCUGCGCCAACUUCACCCGAAAUCACAAAGGUUUCAUCGAAGAGGAGGAGAAAGACUAGAUCGUUCACUCCGAGCAAGGUCUUCCUACUCAAAACGCAAGCAGCGAAACGAUCGGACGGGAAGAAGGGCCGGAUGGCAGCAUCUGAUGUGACCAUUCACUUUCCUAAGCUGCACAUUGAUAAGGGUAUGCCCGAAGAUAUGCAGGAUAGACUUGUGGAGGCGUCUAAUGCCGCUGAUGUGGAUCUGGAUGGGUGA